CCCCUCUUUCCUUUUGUGAUUUCCCGUCUUACUGCCCUGCCUGUGUAGCAGCCCUCAAACCUGGUGAUUGCUGCUGCAGAUCUCUGUGUGCGACACGACCUGACCCCGGUAAGCAAUCGAGGAGCCAGCCUGGCGACGUGGCCUCGUGCAUGGCACCUGCCGCCCUCCCUGCCCAUGGACACUGGAGGCUUCGGGCGACUGGCGGUAGGGCAGAUCACGCCGACACGCACACCAGACUGACGGGCAGGCUGGGCAGGGAGGAUGGUCGAUGUGGUGUGUGCUGUGUUUGUUGUGCGUGCAGCGGAUAGCGAGCAGUGAGAGACAGGCGACGAAGCCCUUCAUUGUGGCCUGGUGGCUCUCGCUAUUCAGCCUCUUCGUACUCGCAGCGUCACACUGCUACCUUGGUCCGUGCCUUGCGGCGCACGUGCGCCUACACCCAGGCAGCCAGGCAGCCUCUGAAUGUCUCGUCUGUGCUGUGCUUGCAGGGGUGUACUUGAGGAUAACCCUUGCUGAGGUCGGGGGAAGGGAAAGACACAAACCAAACACAGACAGACAGACAGACAGACCGACAGACGGACGGACGGACAGCGGUGGCUUGUGUGUGAUUGUGUGUUUGAACAGACUGUGUUUGGACUGUUGACGCUGGCAUGGGGACUGAUAUCAGCCAAAGUGCGAUCACACAUCGGCAUGAAUCGCUUCAUAGCCAUGUCAGUGAGCGAAUCGAACCACCCAAACAGACAGACAGACAGACAGACCGACAGGCUCUCGCCUCACCCGUGUGUGUGUUUGGUGUGUAUGGUAUGGUGCAGGGUGUUUGUGAAUAUGGUGUGUGUGGGUAUAUGGGCGAUGUCGAUCCACUAUGCCUUCGGCCACCACACGCUGGUGCGGUUCAAGUUUCAACGGGGACACCCUGCUAUGGUGCCCACCGGACCCACACACGCACCACUGUGGUACGCAGUGGGCACACUCUUUCGCACACACCCCACACAGAACUACUUUAGGAGACUGACUGACGGACAUCACACAACACGCCGAUUGUGUGUCAUUCAUUCUGUGUUAGGUAUUCGGUGUUGUCAUUGAGCGUGGCGUCAUCGGUGUCUUUGGUCAUGAACCACAUACUCAUGCUGCCCUUCGCGUUCGUGCUCAUGUAAGUGAGCCACUCACUGCAUUGAUUGCAAUGCACGCCCAGAGAGACUCGACGAAGUCACAUGCAUGGAUGGGAUGGCCUUACCUGACCUGCUCAGGAGGCGUUUUCGGGAGAGUCCCUAUUGUCCCACUUACAUACUGGAGGCCGCUAGACGAGACCUCGCUACUGCUCUAGAGGUGGGUGCGGCAGACACACACACACACACACAGACAAGAGCCCAUCAAUGAAUGCAUUUAACGCUCCCCGUCUCCCUCCCCUGUGUGUGUGGAUGCAGCAAGAGCAGCAGGCGUGGAACGCGAUGGACGAGGCCGUCAUCGACGAGGAGAAGUCUCACCAGCUCUCACUCGCCGUCACUCACACCUGUGGCAGCACCGCCACCAGCACCAACAGCAUCGGCAUCGGCGAGGCACAGGCCUGCACCCUCUCCCUCAUCUCCACACCCAGCACCAGCUUCUUCGCAGCCGACUCACCGCGCCGGGCCAGCACCGAGCUCACCCCCUCCUCCCUUGGCGGCGUCAGCUCAGUGGAACAGGACGAGUGCAGACGAUUUGUGCAGCACUACGAGCGAUCGGUUGACGAGGUCAGUGAGCUACCGAUCCAAUCCACACAUAUAUAUGGGCGCUCAACAAGAAGGGUGGCUGUGGCUGGCUAUGUGUCGAUAUAUCGGUCAGAUCGUUGCGUCUGGUCGAUUGCCGCGCACGAUUGAUGGUGUGGAGGCGACGACGGAAGAGGCGUUCGAGACCGAGAGGGUCGUGGUGUCCUUCCCGCCGUGCGAGAGCGAGGAGGCACAGCUCCAGGACGACACCGACAGCAACGGCAAUGACAUCCCCACCAUCUCGGUCGCCCCGCCAACCGAAUCUGACCUGGCUCUCCCGCGACUCCCGGCAGCCAUUUCCCUCUCAAUCCACUCCCUCCACUCCACCUUUACCCCCCCACCGGCGCAGUGGCCGCGGUGUACGGUCCUCAUGUCGCCUGUUGGGUCGGUCCUCAGCGACACGGACGACAGCAGCCCGGCGCCGCCACACCACGGCGACUUUCCCACUGCUGUCGACAAGACAGCCAUGGGUUCUGCCGGCUGUGUGGGUGUGGAGCACCAUCAGCAGCAGAUUGCGAGGGAGAGGGGGAACAGCAGCAGCAGCAGCGGGCGUCUUGGCGGACUGGCCAACACGUUGCGGCAGUGGGGCGUGAUGGACGGCGAUGAAGACGAUGACGAUCACGUGUAUGAUGGCGAUGUUCCCUGCCCCUCCCCGCCUUCCCAUGCAGCAGCAGCAGCAGCAGUGGUGGAUCACGUGUGUGGUUAUGGCUGUGGUGGUGGGCCCACACGCGGGCACGGGGCGGGGCUCGCACACUCGACCCAACAGGUGUUGAGUGUGGGGGCGGGGGCAGGGGCGGGGGGGAGGUAGCAGAGAUGGAUGGAUGGAUGGAUGGAUGGGAUGGCGUACAACUGUCUGGCUGACUGACUGACUGACUGACUUUCGGGCAUGUGCACAUCAUUCGUGUGGAUGAGUGAGCGAGUGGGUGAAUGAAUGAUGCUCCCUCUCUGUGUCUGUGAAUGUUGGGGAAACGCGUGUGUGUGUGUGUGUGUGAUGUGGCAUAUCGGUGUAUCGGUGUAUCUGUGCAUCCCUCCAUGCAUCCACCCAACCUCCAUGUCCAUGCAGUCAGUGAGUAUCCACACACACACACACACACACCCGUCCAUCCAUCCAUCCAUCCAUCCACCACGAGCUCUGUACCCAUCCCUCCAGUCUUCCAUUCGCUGGGCUGGCAGACAGCUGCUAAUUCACACACGCAUGCCUUGCGACACACACACGUCGAUGAGUGAUUGAUCUUGAUUGAUGGAUGGAUUGGAUGAGUGUCUGAAGGAG